UGCGAAAUCUGGAAACACUUGGGGAAGGAAUGACCACUAUGGAUUAUGAAACUUUAUACAUCGCUCAUGUGAAUUAUAAGGAUAAAUUGGAUGAACGCGACAGAGAACUAGAAAAAUUACGCUACAAAAUCGCUGAAGUGGUUAACGGAGUCGCUCACUACAAGGAAAAGGAGACAUGCCUCGCGGAGGACAUCGAGUUUGAAGAACGCGAAUUGGACGAGUAUCGCGAACAGACAGCCAGAGUUCGAGAGGAUGUCAAUAAGCUCCAUUUAAUUCUGAGAGAUUUACGACAAGCUCAUGACGAGAGGAGGCUCGAAGGCGGGAUGCUGCUGGCUCCGUAAGAUCUGUUAGUUUCGUGCGUAGCGAUUUCGGUCAAUGUCAUUCACGGUUCAUUGACCCAGGCCGGUGCUGCGUGAGAUGGAGAGGAUGAUAAAGUUGCUGGACGCCUUAAGAAAUGACAUUGAGAUAAUCAAGCGCGAGAUUCAGCAGUACGGCCCUGCGAACGGGAGGAAGAGGAACAGCAAGGUAUUAGC